AUGGAAAUCAAGUUCCUAAUUGUCCUGUCCGCUGUCUUGAUGAUAAUUUUCCUGGGAGCGGAAGAAUCACAUGCCGACUGCCUUUCCGGAAGAUAUAGGGGUUCCUGUGCUGUGUGGCACAGGAAGAAGUGCGUAGAUAUCUGCCAGAGGGAAGGGCGAACCAGUGGACACUGCAGCCCCAGUCUAAAAUGCUGGUGCGAAGGAUGCUAA